CUCACCAUAACAUUUUUUUUUGUUUACUUCUGCUACAAGGAAAUCUGGCUAUACAAACAGGAACCAUCGCUUCUCUUUCGUAACCUAUCCCAUUUGAAUGCUACAUUUUAUAUAUCUGAUCUUGAACUGUUGCCAACUCUUCUUGAUUGGAAGUGGCUAAGAACUAUUUCUUGAAUUUAGCAAAAAAAAAAAAGAACUAUUUCUUGAUUGAUAAGCUGAACAAAGAACAAAAAGUGCCUCAGUGUUUGGCAUCAUCGCUCAAGUUUGUGGAAUUCAAACGAUCAGUCCUAAAGUAUGAAGGAGAAACGAAGCUAGUUGAAAGCCACUUUAGAUUCCACACGUACUCUUAAGAAGAGAAAUCAGUCAGAUUAACCGUGGAAUAGCGGAAUUUCGAAAGGGUUGGCAACAUUUCUUGAGAGCUGCCCGAAUCUGAAAACCCUAGUCGUGGUAGUAAAUCUGCUAAACCCUAUGAUAAUUUUCUCAUCUCUAUGCAGCUUCUGCCAUAUCAUUUGAUUGUAUGUUCUCCUCUCCUUUUUCCUCAGCUAUUGGAUAGUUAUAAUUAUUACUACCAGGAGCUACAUCUCGAGGAUAUGAAUCAACUCAAGUGUUUGCAAUCCUCUGUCGAGUUUGUGGAUUUCAAACGAUUCAAUGGACAUGUUGCACAAAUGAAGCUAUUAAGGUACUUCUUAGAGAAUUGUGCUGCCCUCAAGAAACUCACUCUACAUUUGGAUUAUAAUUCAACAGAAGAUGAAACCAUUAAGAAACUCUUGAAAAUCCCAAGAGCCGCCUCUACGAAAUGUGAGGUUGUCAUUGUCAAAAUGUAGAGAGGAACUGUUAGAUGUCUGUAUUUGACUGGUAAAAUCGGUUGAUCUAACCGUACUCUUCAAUAUGUUACUUCUCAUUUGGGUCUUAUGAAUAAAAAUGAAUGAAACUAUUUACG